GGGCAAUCUCAUUCAUGAGUCAUGACUCACGAGUCACGAGUGGAAGAUGAGGGGCUAGGUACAUUUCUGAGCAAGGAGGUUGGGGAAGCGCUUCAAAGUCCUUUGUUGGUCCCUGUCGUGCUGUUUCUAGCUGGUUUCGAAUCCACAAGUGGGGGGGUGAGAAGAUUGAGGAACCACUCAGCGCAACCGGAUUGCUGGCUUUGAAAGCAAGUUGGAGAAAGCUUUUGAAAAAAGGUGCCGAGACGGCGGGCCAGAGCGCAACGGUCCAGCUCAGAGCCCGAUAAACAGCCAAAAUGACCGCCGCGCCCCAAUCAAUCGAGUCGGGGCACCAUGACGUUGUGCACGACGUUCAGAUGGACUACUACGGCAAGCGCCUCGCAACGUGUUCGUCGGACCGCACCAUCAAGGUCUUCAGCGUGACGGGAGACCAGCAUGCGCACCUAGCAGACCUAACAGGUCACGACGGACCCGUUUGGCAGGUCGCGUGGGCGCACCCCAAGUUCGGCAGCCUGCUCGCGUCCUGCUCCUACGACCGGCGCGUCAUCAUCUGGAAAGAGGAACGCGAGAAUGCGUGGGUCCAGCUGCAACAGUUCUCCGAGCACGAGUCGUCCGUGAACAGCAUCGCAUGGGCCCCGUACGAGUACGGCGCGGUCCUCGCAUGCGCGUCGUCGGACGGUUCCGUUUCCGUUCUGACGCACAAGCCGGACGGAACGUGGGAGCGGGUGAAGAUCCCCGGGGCGCAUCCUGUGGGUUGUACUGCAGUGUCGUGGGCCCCGGCGAAUGUGCCUGGGGCGAUUGCAGGAACCUUGGGGCCAAACCAAGGCUCGAACCCUCGGCUCGCGUCCUCCGGGUGCGACAACACGGUCAAGAUCUGGGAAAACGUCAACGGGGCCUGGAAGCUGAUGACGUACCCCGCGCUGAGUAAGCACACGGACUGGGUUCGUGACGUGGCAUGGGCCCCAAAUCUGGGGCUGCCCAAAAGUACAAUCGCGAGCGGUGGGCAGGACGGAAAGGUGGUGAUUUGGACGGAGCAAAAGGCGGGCGAGUGGGUUGGGGCCGAGUUGAACGAUUUCAAGGUCCCGGUAUGGAGAGUUAGCUGGUCGUUGACCGGUAACAUUCUGGCGGUGUCCGACGCUAAUGGUAACGUGACGCUGUGGAAAGAGGCGCUAGAUGGACAGUGGGCGCAAGUCACGACCGUCCAAUAAUGGACGGAAGUGUCCGUGUGAGUUUGUGUCCUUUGUUUUUGACCUAAUCAUCUGCGACUUUUUUAUCUGGUCCAAGAAUCUGUGUUUUCCAAAGCAAUAAUCGGCUUUUCUGUGAAG